AUGGCGUUUGGAAAUGCGUCUAAAGGCACUGAUGAUUACACGCCCGAGGAGCAUUUAACCGCUGCAGUGAUGGAGUACAAAAAGUUGGAAGCUGCAAAUCAAAAUAGUGUGGAGCAUAUGUAUAACGUCCUCUCGUCACCAUUUAAAAUUGGGAGCAAACCUUGCGAGGCCAUUCGUGGCGAUGCUUUACGGUGUCUUUCUGAAAUCAUAGGAAACUUUACAGCCAAGAGUACAUCCGGUACUGACGGUAGCACCGUUAUGGCAAACAGCGCUUCAAUUGUGAGUCAGGAAUUGCCCCCAAUACACCGCUGCUACGAAAGUGUUCUCCAUUACGAAUCGUGCGUCUUGGAAAGAACGUUGUCACGCCACAAUAGUAUGGUUGCCACUUUCGAGGCCCGGAGGCUGCGUGAAGCGGAUUCGGCUCGUGAAGCAGCUGCAGCGGGUGGUGAUAUAUGA